AUGUAAUAAUAAAAAGUGCUCUUUGCAAACAAAUAGAGUGUUUACCUUUCCUAAGUUUACUUUCAAGGUACUAAAUACAGAUUAUAUUCAACAUCUGAGUACAAUUAUGUUGUUAAAGUAUAUGACAAUGGAUAGGAGAAAGUAAUAACUUAAAUUAUGAAUUCUAAAUUAGUAUUUGAAUACUGAAUUACAAGCUGUUCAUAUUUUCAAAGAUUAUGGAAAUAGUAAUAUUGCCAAAGCCCUUGAAGGGGAUCUGCAAUAAAAUAUUAAAGUAAUAGUUUUUGAAAAAGCUGAAGUCCUCCAAAAUAUUUUGAAGGAUUCAUAAAAAGGUUUAGAGGAACCUCAAGUCCUAAAAGUAAGCAGAAAAAUAAGUGUAGAUCUUAUUAGAUUUGAGCAAAGGAUUAAAAUAAUGCCAUAGUUUAGGCAUUACUCAUCGUGAUAUUAGACCUGAAAAUAUAUUGAUUGGAUUGGACAAAUAAGCUAAAUUGUGGAAUUUUUAACGAUGCUUUUUUUAAGUAUCAAAAUAAUUUAAUUGAGUAAUACGAUCAUUUACCAAAUGAAUAUAUUCCUAAAAUUAAAGAAGAAAUUGAAACAAAUACUUUUGAACAUGUGAGAGCACCUGAACAAAAGGAUUUCACUUAAAGAUGGCCUAUAACCAAAAAAGUUGAUAUAUAUGCUUUAGGAUAAUUAAUGUAUUACAUUCUAUUUAAAGUGCGCUAUGAUUAAAAUCCUAAUUGGAUAAAAAAGUACCAAAUAUAUUAUAUAAGUCCGAAAUGGGGUCUCUAUAGUAAUAAAUUGUAAGAUUUAAUCAGACUACUAUUGAUUCCUAAUCCAAAAGAAAGAUUAAGUGCAGAAUAAAUUGAAGAAUACAUUCACACAUAGAUAAUAAACUAGAAGUAUAAAUAUAUUAAUUAUUUAGUCCUCUUUAAUCUUAAAUUCACAUAAGAAGUCUAUCAACAAAUGAAAAAAUGAAUAGAGAAAUAGUUACAUAAAGGAAUGAAAUUGGUAAAAACAAUUAAUUAGAAUUUAUUGAUUUUCAACAUCCCUCUUCAUCAUCUCUAUCAACUAAAUUUGUUAAAUUAGUCAGUAAAGUAGCCUAAAAAACUGAUUUUUGGGUUGCUGCAUGUUUGGAAGAAGUUGAUGCAGCUCCAAAUUAAAAAUAUUUUCGUUAUCUUCAUGUUAAAGCAUGGUAAAAGAAAGCAAAAAUACCAAAGUUUUAUGAAAAGCUAUCCAACAGAUUAUAAUUAAAUUCUGUGAUUGUUACUUUUAAAGCUUUGAUAUUAUUACAUAAUUACUUGAAAAAAGGACCUUAAGAAGCUCUCUUAAUUAAUAAUUAAAAUUCAUCACCUCUUGCUAUAUUAGAAAAGAUAAAAAGAUUUUAAGAAACAACUAUGGCCAAAGUUUCUAAGGAUAAAUUCAGAUCUCAGUUUUUUUCUAAUUUAUUAUACAGCUAUUCUCUUAUAUUAAUAGAAAAGGUCAAAUUUCAUUAAUAUUACUUAAAGUAUUUUGAAGGUAAUUUUGCAAUGGUUCCAUUCUUUAAUAAUAUGAAUUCUAAGGAUAAAGUAAAAUUAAGUAUUGCUAUUUUAAAUAAUUUGAUUAACUUAUGGAAACAGUUUAAUACUUUCAUUAAUAGUUUUUCAUUCUAAAAGUCAUCUCUCUAUAAUUUAUAAUUAGGAUUUGCAAUUACUAUGGCAGAUGAAUUAUACAAUAUUUUGUGUACAUGCACACAUAUAUAUUAUGCUUUAAAAUAAAGUACAAAUUAUAUUAGUGGAAUUCCAACUUAAAAUAAUGAAAUAAAAUAAAUCUUUAUCUAAUUAUAAGAUGAUUUUCAAAACAAUUUUUAAAAUACUGCACUAUUUUUUCAAUCAUGUAAAUAGAUUCCUUAAUUUUAUUAAAUAAUUCCUGAUCCUCCAAGAAUUAUAAUUGAGACUUUGAAAAAAGUACCAUUUUUUCAACCUAUUAAAGGAGAAUUUAAUAUUUAUGAUUAUCUAAGCUAUUCUAUGUCAAUUGAUGGAAUUAAAUUACCUUAGAGUUAUGGUGAAAUUAUGAGUACUUAAGUGAUCGAAUAUGAUGAUGAAGUUGUAGAAUUGGAUCCUAGAAAUGAGAAGUUUGCAACAUAAUAUCCAAUUAAGCCAGUAUUAUCAGUAUAACCAUAUAGUGAAAGAGUAAAGAAAUUUAGUUUUGAUAUGGAUCCUAUUGCAAAUAGUUCUACAAAUAAUACAAACAUAUAAUAAUAAUAGUAAUAGCAAUAUUAAUAAUAAUAAUAAUAAUAAUAAUAAUAAUAAUAAUAAUAAUAAUAAUAAUAAUAAUAAUAAUAAUAAUAAUAAUAAUAAUAAUAAUAAUAAUAAUAAUAAUAAUAAUAAUAAUAAUAAUAAUAAUAAUAAUAAUAAUAAUAAUAAUAAUAAUAAUAAUAAUAAUAAUAAUAAUAAUAAUAAUAAUAAUAAUAAUAAUAAUAAUAAUAAUAAUAAUAAUAAUAAUAAUAAUAAUAAUAAUAAUAAUAAUAAUAAUAAUAAUAAUAAUAAUAAUAAUAAUAAUAAUAAUAAUAAUAAUAAUAAUAAUAAUAAUAAUAAUAAUAAUAAUAAUAAUAAUAAUAAUAAUAAUAAUAAUAAUAAUAAUAAUAAUAAUAAUAAUAAUAAUAAUAAUAAUAAUAAUAAUAAUAAUAAUAAUAAUAAUAAUAAUAAUAAUAAUAAUAAUAAUAAUAAUAAUAAUAAUAAUAAUAAUAAUAAUAAUAAUAAUAAUAAUAAUAAUAAUAAUAAUAAUAAUAAUAAUAAUAAUAAUAAUAAUAAUAAUAAUAAUAAUAAUAAUAAUAAUAAUAAUAAUAAUAAUAAUAAUAAUAAUAAUAAUAAUAAUAAUAAUAAUAAUAAUAAUAAUAAUAAUAAUAAUAAUAAUAAUAAUAAUAAUAAUAAUAAUAAUAAUAAUAAUAAUAAUAAUAAUAAUAAUAAUAAUAAUAAUAAUAAUAAUAAUAAUAAUAAUAAUAAUAAUAAAUAGCAUAAGAAUCUCAAUCUAUUAAUCUAUAGUUAUAAAAUCAAUAAAGUGUAAAUAAGAUAACCGAAUAGAAAAAGAAAUAAACGAAACAAUAAUAAUAAGGAUCCAACUUGUAUUAAGGUUUAGAAUUUUCAGAUGACGAUGAAGAACAACAUAAUGAGGAUGAGACAGAGUAAUUUCCUAAUAAACCAAAUGAACAAUAAUCAAAUAACUUAAGAGCACCUUUAGUUAAUUAAAAUGUUAAAUUAACAAAAGAAUUAUUAAAUGAUGAUGAAUUCUUAAAUUGGGGAGAAAAUAAGAAUGGUUCAAAUAAAUAAAAUAAUAAUGAGUAAAAUUAAAGAAUUUAAUCUGCAAAUUCUUAACCGAUAAAUUAUAAUUAUUUCGAUUAAUUUAAUUAAUUUAAUCAGAAUAAAUAAAUCAAUAAUAUUUCUUAAUAAAAAGUAAAUCUAAGUUAAUAAAUAAAGUAAUAUUAAUAAUCAUAAUAAAAUACUUUUUUAGUAGUUGAUUAUUUUUAAAAGUAGGGGAGAAGUAAAUAAAUUAUCAUCAUAUUUUAGACGUUUAAGAAUGGAUGAUUAAUCAUGAUCAAUUAAAAUUAGAAAGAUUAAUUGGUACUGGAAGUAGUUGUGAAGUUUAUAAAGGAUAUUUGAGAGGAGGUGAAGUAGCAAUAAAGAAAAUGAAAAUAAAGUCUUUGAAUGAAAAUCAUUUAAAAGAAUUUAGAAGAGAGAUAUCUGCAUUUGUAACAAUUUAGAAACAUAAUAAUUUGGUCUAAUUGAUGGGUAUAUCAUAAAAAGAUGAUGAAUUAUAUAUUGUAACAGAAUUUUGUGCAGGAGGAACAUUAUUUGAUUUAUUACAUAGAAAAAAACAUAUAGAUAUUACUUGGUAGAAUAGAGUAAAAAUAGCAUGGUAAAUAGCAGAAGGAAUGUUACAUUUACAUAAAUUGAAUCCACCAUUAAUUCAUAGAGAUUUGAAAAGUUUAAAGUAAAUGUUUCUAAUAAGAAAUAUUAGUUUAUUAUUAGAAUAGACAUAUGAUUAAUCUAAAGUGAAUAUAAAGAUAGCUGAUUUUGGUCUUGCAAGAGUUUAGGCUGAUAAUGGUGAAAUAAUGACAGGGAUUUUGGGAACAUUUGUAAUUUAUAUAUAUUAUGUAAAUUUGUAGCAUUGGAUGGCUCCUGAAGUAUUUUAGAAUGUACCUUAUACUAUCAAAGCAGAUGUUUAUUCUUAUGCAGUAUUAUAAUUAAUCUAAUUUUAGAUAGUUUUAUGGGAAAUAUGUUGCAGAGAAACACCUUAUAAAUCUUUAUCUACAAACCCUCCAGCUAUUAUGAAAUUAGUAACUGUUGAUAAUGGAAGACCAGAUCUAAACUUAAUUUAGUUAGGAUGUCCAUAAUUUUUAAAAGAUUUAAUGAUUAAAUGUUGGGAUCAAGAUCCAAAUAAAAGACCAUCAUUUUAAGAAAUAACUUAAUACUUGGGUUAAUAAUUAUGA